AUGACAGUCAAUAUGGAGCCGCGUCAUAGACGUCUGCUAAAUCGAAAUGGAUCAUUGGAUGUUAAAAGGAGGAAGCCUAAUUGGACAGAGAGGGAACUUUUUGCUUUGGCAGAGGCAGUUGCUCCCAGAUCUAGAUUAUUUAAGUCAAAAUUAUCCCUCUCCAUUACAGCUGAUCGAAAGCAAGAGAUGUGGUCAGAGAUUGCAAAUCAACUAAAUUCCAUAACAUUGGUGAACCGGACAAAUGAAGAAAUCAAAAAGAAAUGGGUUGAUAUGCAAUCAUUGACAAAGAAAAAAGAGAGUGAAAGAAGGAGAUCAAUCAAAAUGACAGGAGGUGGACCAGCCCUUGAUGUUUACUCUAAAGCAUGGGAGAAUGUAGUGUUGCAGUCCCUUUCAGAGGUGGCCUGUGUCACUUGCAUGUCCUAA